UCUCUUCCGAAAAAGUUUCAAAAUAUAGCUAUCGAUACGCGUCCAAAAAGCACAGAGAAAGAGAGAAAGAGUAUUUUCUUUUUUUUUAAAUACAAAUUUUAUUUUUCACUGAAAAUAAGAGAUAAAAUAAAAAAAGGACAGGAAAAAGGUUAUGGGAGCAGAGCGGGAGCUGGAGGGGCACUAAUGGUGAUUGCCCACUUGCAAUUUCUCUGAGUCUUUGACAUCAACGACAAGAAGCUCAUAAUUUGAAUUGGGUUUGAAUCAGUUUUGAGAGAGAGCUGGUGAUUUGAGCCAAAGACCGCAUCUUUCUUCUGUAUGAGGCAAAAAUGCAGAAAAUUCCUGAGUUUAUUCCUAAUAAGGAUGCUCUCAUCAUAAAGCCUCAGAAGAAGAACCCGCUUGUAUCGGCUAUGAUCGUGUUAUCAUUGUUAAUGGUUUGUGGACUUUAUAUAUGUUCCAUAUGCUUAAAGCAAAAAGGGUUUAUCAUUAAUCCCUAUUCAAUGAAGAUUAGGCAAGUACAAGAGCAAUGUCCUAAUCCAAACAUCCCACAGUCUGAGGUACCAUAUGUUCACUAUCCAGAACCGACUACUUACAAAAGAAAUGAAUGCAGAUGCACACCAGUUAGGUUCUUUGCGAUUUUAUCGAUGCAAAGGUCUGGAAGUGGGUGGUUUGAGACUUUACUGAACAGUCAUAUUAAUGUUAGCUCCAAUGGGGAGAUUUUCUCGAACAAAACCAGGAGAAGUAAUAUGCCAAACAUUACAGAGACAAUGGAUAAGGUGUACAACCUUGAUUGGUGGAGUAGUGCUGCUAAAAAUGAGUGCACUUCUGCUGUUGGCUUCAAAUGGAUGCUGAACCAAGGUCUCCUGGUGAACCAUGAUGAAAUAGUUUCAUACUUCAAUCGGAGAGGGGUCUCUGCAAUACUCCUCUUCAGAAGGAAUCUCCUUCGUCGCUGGGUUUCCAUACUUGCAAAUAACCAUGACCGAGAUGCAAAGCAACUGAACGGGACCCACAAAGCUCACGUUCACUCCAAAAACGACGCUGAUGUCCUAGCAAGAUAUAAGCCAAAAAUUAACGAGUCUCUACUACUCCCAACUUUGAAUCAAGCUGACAAGUGGAUUGUGGAUGCCUUGAAAUACUUCAAGAGCACCCGCCAUAUUGUUCUCUACUAUGAGGAUCUUGUUCACAAUAGCACUAAACUGAUGGAUGUUCUUGAGUUCCUAAGGUUACCUCAGAGAGAGCUAAAGACUCGUCAUGUGAAGAUUCACACAAGGCCGUUAUCUGAACAGGUUGAGAACUGGGAUGCUGUCUCAAAUGCUCUCAAUGGAACAAAGUUCAAAAGCUUCUUGCAAUCUGACUAAGAUAUGGAGCUCUCAACUCUCAGCUUUGUGUCGCUGUAAAUAUUGAUCUUUUUUUCUUUGCUUCCUUUGUUCAUAUUACAUCAACUUUUCACGUCUAAUUUCUGUUCCCAAGUUGGAAAAUUUUGGUUAUGCAGAGGCAUUUGCUGCUAAUUCAUUUGUUUUCAUAAGUUUAUUGAUCUAUUGUUUUCCCAAAUUGUAAGAAAAUUCAAUUAUACUUCUAUAAAUUAAUUUAUGUGGUUCCGCUAAAAAGUCCCUCUUUCCUA